AUGAAGAAACCCAACCUGACUGUGGGGAUUCAGUUCACUCUCUCUGGGUUUUCUGAUGUUCUGGAGCUCCAGCUCCUCUUUUUCCUGCGCUUCCUUUUCAUCUACAUGUUGACUCUUCUCGGAAACAUCCUCAUAUUCCUCACCAUCUGGUUCAGCCCUGUGCUCCAUUCCCCCAUGUACUAUUUUCUAGGCGAGCUUUCCAUCCUGGAUGUGCUUUAUUCCAGCACCACCGUGCCCAAGAUGCUGACCAGCUUCCUGACUGGUUCCCAAGCCAUUUCCUUUGAGGGCUGUGUGGCUCAGCUCUAUGCUUUCCACUUCUUUGGAGGCACCGAGUGUUUCCUGCUCACUGUCAUGGCAUAUGACCGCUAUGUGGCCAUCUGUGACCCUCUCCGCUACUCUGGGAUCAUGAGCAACGUGUCUUGCAUCAGACUGGUGACUGCAACGUGCCUGGUGGGGGCACUUCAUUCGACUCUUCAGACUGUGCUCACGUUUCGCCUCCCUUACUGUGGGCCUUACAAACUUGACCACUAUUUCUGUGAUGUCCCACCCUUACUGAAGGUAGCCUGUGCAGAAACCUCUCUGAAUGAGACCGUGGUCACAGUGAACAUUGGUGUUGUGGCACUGAGCAGCUUUGCUUUGAUCCUUGGUUCUUAUAUCCGCAUUGCCACCACAAUUCUCAAGAUGCGCUCCGAGGAAGGGAAGAGGAAGGCCUUCUCCACCUGCGCAUCUCACCUCACUGUAGUCCUCCUCCUUUAUGGCCCUUGCAUAUUCAUUUACAUGCAGCCAUCCACCAACCACUCUGCCCUGAACAUUGUGGCCCUCUUUUACACAUCUGUGACACCUGCCCUGAACCCCAUCAUCUACACCUUGAGAAAUGAAGAAAUCAAGAAGAUGGUGAAGAAACUGGCAUUCAAGAAGGUGUUUUCUUGA